AUUAGCCUUAAGGUGAGCAAGUGCAUCAACCCUCCAUUCCAGGUACCUUUGACCGGAUAAAUCAAGAAUGUCGAAUUCUCUUUUGAAACAUGAAGUGUGCAGAGAUUGGGAACCCUGAUAGUCCUCAGCCGGUGAGGAGACGCAGUCUGAGAAUUGCAAUGGCGAAAGAUGUAGCUUUGCACACUGGUGGACAAGCAGUGUCAGCGGAGGAUGAGCUGGAUGAAGUUCCGCUUAUUAAGCGAAUGGAGAAGGUUCAGGAAGUGCAGAGGUUAGAUAGAGGCGGCUUACUUGAUGGAAGGAUUAAUACAUACUGCAAUGUGAAUGAGGUCGUAAGACAAAUUAGGGCGAAACUAAAUCAAGAGGAGCUGGACAGAUUUAGGACUUCAACUUUUGGGGUGCUUUUAGAUGUUCUGGAUUGUCCAUGGAUCAGUGGGCAAUUGCUCAUCCAUUUGGUAGGGAAUUGUGUGUGGUCUACUGAUGAAAGUGGAAGGAAGGACAAGUUAAAAUUCAAGAUCCUUGGUAAUGAGGUGGUUUUGACGAAGGGGCAGUUUCAUUUGAUUACCCGUUUAAAGAUGGGCGGACGCAGGGGGUUAAUGGAAAAUGGUGUGGGGGGGAGGUUCGCGGCACGAUAUUUUGAGUCCAGUAAAUCAGUUAAGCGAAAUGAAAUCACCAAAGCAUUCUUAAGGUUUAAUCGCGAUGCGGAGGGGACAAUGCCGAGUGACGCGCCGAAGAUGUUGUUGAUUUACGCUUUGGCAAACACGUUUCUAGGUAACCAGCCUUCGGUUAAUUUACCCAUGCAUUAUUUGAGUUUGGUUGAUGACAUAAAGGAGUUUAAUAGCUACCCUUGGGGGGAUGAUGUGUGGUCGGAGACAUUCCCAUCGCUAGUCGAGGCUGGGAUGUGUGUCUUGGAUUCUAAGCGGGUGAAUUCGAUACCCCAGUGUCUGCGAUGGAAGGUCUAUGCAAAGUUUAACUCUUCGAAAGUUUCUGACGCUUUUUUCAAAUCUGGGAAGCUUCAUGUUAAAGAUGUUGAGCUAACGGGUGAUGAGUUGUUGUUGGAUAAUGUGAAAGAGCUUUUUAAGGAUAAACCCACCACUGCAGUGAAGGCCAGAAAGAAGUUGUCACUUAGCCUUUCGAAGCGUGUUCGAAAGGUUAAGGAAAGGCAGGUGAAUAUACGCGAUGCGUUUGUUAGGCUGAAAACUGAAGGGAAAGCAUCUGGAAGUAAGUUGAAGUCCGCAGUUAAAAGGGGUGGAACGGGCAGUGUCAAAGAAGAACAUGGUGCGGUGGAGCGGGAGCAUAAAGGGAAGAAGGUGUGUGUGGCAAAUACGGAUAUGUCUGUUGAAGCCGGCUCAGCGUCUGGGAAAGGGUCUUUGAUGGGAGGUAAUGAAGAACCUAGGGUCCGGAAUGAAGGAAUCACUGUUGAGGGGAGUACAGAUGCUGAGUGUAAAUGUGGGGUUGAUCUGGAUUUGAGUUGUGACGAUGGGGGGCCAUCAUUUGAUCUUUUAACUCCAUUGCCUAGAGUGGAUGCAGUUGGUGCUGAAAUACGAAAUGACAAGAGUGGAAAUGUUUUGGUGACAGAAGCGUGUGAUCGAGUAAAGGAGGGGAAGUGUCCAGAUAUUCCAUACACUGAGACACAAUAUGAUCCACGCUUCCUGGAUCUUACUGACAGGCAGGAAGAGAUGAUCCUAAAGUCUUUACAGAACGUUCCUUUGGUUUCUUGCGAAGGGAUUGUUGGGCAGGAUGCGAUUCAGGGUGGGUGCAAGACAAGUGUGAGUGGUGAUGAUACUGCCAAGAAAUCCAGUAACACUACAAUGCCGGACGAUGUGCAUGUACCAGUGGAGGUUGAGUCCACAUUUGGGGGGUCCAGUGGUUCAAACAAGGGGAAACUUGGGCAGCACAUCGAUGGAGGCAAACGUAGACGUAGCUUGGAUGAUGAUGAUUUUGAAAGAAUUUUUACUAGCAUCCGGGUGGGAAGUGGGGGACAAGGAGUGAAUGGUGCUCAAGAUGCUUUGGUGGUGUUUUCCAUGGCUUCAGAUUCCAAUACUGAAUGUGUUGAGAUUGAACGUCCCAAAAGGGUUCACAAGAAUCCGGAGAGAUAUACUCCCACAGAGGUCGAGCAUGAUAAGAAAAAGCGGAAGCUCGGGAGGUUGGAGUGUGCUAAGCAACAUCUGAAUCAUGAUAGCCCGGUUGUAUGCCAUGGGCCCUUUUCAGAAGAUCCAAAGGUGAUGCCUACGAAUGGGGAAAUAGAAAAGCAUGUUGAAAUAGCAAUGCAUUUCCUGGAAGUGAAGGGUAGGCAGUAUAACCUCCUGCAGAUGUACACAACUACAACCCCUUACUUCUUGCAAGGGUUGUAUAAUCACCAAGCAAUGGUAAAUGUUGGCAAGGCCAAAAAGGAGGAAGUUGUCACUAAUCCGAAUCUAAGCAGUGAGGUGCUGGGGUUAGCACGGGCAUAUUCGAGGCCAUGGUCUGAGUGUGGUUUUGUGUAUAUGCCCUUGAAUACCGGUGACCACUGGAUGUUGCUUGUCCUGGAAGUUGAAGGGAGGACAAUACGGGUAUACGAUUCAAAAGGAAAGAAGGGAAAGAGUUGUCGGGCAUUGAACGAAUACAUGCAAUGUAUCACCGAGUUGCUGCCUGUCAUGCUUGAUUUGUUGAGUGUAUAUGAUGAGCACUCGGAAGGCCCAAUGGGGAAAAAGAAGUUCAAUAUCGAGGUCGUUGAUGGGUGUCCACAACAAGAUGACGGGUAUAUGGUAGAUUUUCAUUUGGAACAUAGCGACUAAAGUUGCAUUUCAAUUUGUUUGAAAAUAGCCGGAUGAUUAUUGAUGUUAAGGAUUAUGUUUUAAACUGCAGGUGUAACUGUGGGAUGUUUAUGUUGAAGUUUGCAGAGUAUCUAAUGAUGGAUAGAAAAAUUUCCAAUGUUCAUGCACACGACAUGGAGGGGUACCGGG